UGUGAGGUACGUUGGGUUCUUACAUUUUUCAUUUUUUCUUGAUUUAAUUUUUUUUUUGUCCUGGGGGAGGGUUUAAGGAUUAGGAAAUGGAAAACUGAGUGAACUCUGCUAAAACCCUAAAUUCUCAAAAAUGGAGCUGCAAUCGGUUUGUGGAGCCAUCUCUGUCCCCAAGUUGCGUUUCCCAAGUCAUGGCGUAUCACUAACCCCUCAGCAAAUUGUUUCCGCUAGCGAGUUUGGAUUGAGGAAUCAAGAACUACGGCAUGGAAUCUUGUCAAAAUGCCAUAGGAAGUCUGGCUUGAAGAGCUUCGUAAAGUGGCCCUUGGUGCCUAGAUUGAACAGAGGAGCUGUUGCAUGUGCUUCUAAUUCUACUCCAAAGACAAAGUUGGAGUCGCUUGGAGAGGAAAAUUCUGGGUUGGGAAUUAGAAGAGUUGAUGGGGUUGAGCCAUUUCGUGGUAAAUCGGGUUCAGUUUCCUUUAUUGGGUUGACUCAUCAGUUAGUAGAGGAAGCCAAAUUGGUAUCUGCGCCUUUCGAUGAAGAAAAAGGAUCAUUUCUUUGGGUUUUGGCCCCCGCGGCAUUUAUAGCGUCUCUAGUUCUUCCACAGUUCUUCCUUAGCAAUGUGAUUGAAGCUUUCUUGGUGGAUAUGACCCUCGUAGAAAUAGUGACUUCAUUAUCUUUUGAGGUCCUGUUUUAUAUUGGUCUUGCAACAUUUCUGUCCAUAACUGAUUAUGUACAAAGGCCAUACCUACAAUUCAGCACAAAGAGGUGGAAUCUCAUAACAGGCCUUAGAGGAUACUUAACAUCCGCAUUCUUCACAAUGGGAUUCAAGGUUGUCGCUCCUCUGUUUGCUGUGUAUGUAACCUGGCCGGUUGUUGGCCUGCCUGCCUUGGUUGCAGUGGUUCCAUUUCUAGUUGGCUGUUUUGCUCAAUUUGCAUUUGAAACACGAUUGGAUAAGCGUGGAUCAUCCUGUUGGCCACUGGUUCCAAUUAUUUUUGAGGUUUAUAGACUAUAUCAGUUGACCAAAGCUGCCAAUUAUAUUGAGAGGCUGAUGUUCUCGAUGAAGGAACUUCCAGCUUCCCUGAACGUGGUGGAAAGAAGUGGUGCGCUGUUUGCUAUGUUAGUAACCUUCCAAAUACUUGGUGUGGUCUGCCUCUGGUCAUUGAUGACAUUUCUUUUGAGGCUGUUUCCUUCUAGACCUGUAGCCGAGAAGUACUGAUAUUUGCGCGAAUACUGUAAAAAUCUUUAAAUCUGUUCGGUUUAUGAUUAUUAUAUGGAUGCCGAUAUUUUCUUUUUUCUUUA